AUGCAGGAAGAUCUGGCUUCAGUGCGCCCUGCAGAUUUCCUGCAACGGGACAUGGUGCUAACGUUCCCCGAAAUUGAGACCAUUGAUAACGAUGACCCUCCUUACCCGCAGAUGCGCGUCACUCCCUGCAAUAUUGCCAGCAAGGAAAUCCAAAAGCGCCUUCCAACUGCUUGCAGACUGGGACGUGAUAUACCAACAGUAGGAGAUAUUGCUUUGGUUCAUGAUAUAGUCCUUCCAAGGCAUGAAUGGAAAAUGGCGCGCAUAACGGCCACAAAAGAAGGACACGAUGGACAAAUUCGAGAGGUGGAACUUCAGACCACUAAGAAAAAGAAAAUUCGCCGUCCCGUAAACCUAUUAGGUCUUUUAGAAACUCAGGAAGCACCAGAUAAGUCAUCUAGCUCGCACAUUGCAGCCAAUAAACCAGUCACGCCUGAGAGUCGCGAACUAACGAAUACCCACCGAUAUAAUUUACGUCAUCGUCAACCAAGAAGUUAUGUUCAAAAUAACGCUCACACCUUCACAACCCAUUCCAGUACAAACCUCAAAAUGUCAAAGUGGUUCCUUUUCUACAUUAUGAUCCUUUCCUUAUUCCGAACUACGCUUGGUAACUACUCAACGGCGAUGCAACUAUCCUGUACUGAAGAA